GGGACCCUGAAGAUUAAUAACGACUAUAAAAUAAUGAAGAAAAACCUGACGGGACCUGUACUAACAACAUGUUCCCUGGGCAAGAACGGGUGCGGUAUCUACCAUGGUUGAUGUCGAUGGUAGCGUGUGCCCUUACUCAAGACGCGGCCUAUUGGAACACGCAUGCACAAGAGACACUGAAGAAGAUGAUGGGACAGAAGCAUAAUACUAACGUUGCGAAGAACGUCAUUCUGUUCCUUGGAGACGGAUUGGGGAUUUCGACCGUGACCGCGUCCCGAAUCUACAAAGGACAACUUCAGGGACAAACUGGAGAGGAAAACGUAAUGGCGUACGAGAAGUUCGCAUACACAGGACUCAUUAAGACGUACAACACAGACCAGCAGGUUCCUGACUCUGCGGGUACAGGAACGGCCUUUCUAUGUGGGGUGAAGGCCAAGGCUGGCACACUGGGACUUGAUGAUAUAGCCGAAUAUAGCAACUGUACGUCACAACACGGAGCGGAAGUGACGUCGAUUCUAAACUGGAGUAAAAAGGAAGGUAAAUCUACAGGAAUCGUUACCACCACGCGCGUGACGCACGCGACACCUGCAGCAGCAUAUGCACAUGCGGCUGCUCGAGGGUGGGAAGGGGACACAGAACUGGGUACUGAGGAAGUCGAGGGCGGAUGUCGAGAUAUUGCCUACCAGCUGGUUAUGAACAAUAGUGACGUUAACGUGAUCCUAGGAGGCGGGAGGCGAUACUUCCUGUCAGAAAACAAAACAGAUCCCGAGCUGAACGCGACCAGUCGGUAUCAGAGGGCAGAUCUCGAUCUCGUAGAU